AUGCAGCGCGCGAUGUCUGCCCGGACUUCGGUCCUGUCCGCCGCUUCCAAGCGUGCCCCUUUCACCCGCUCUACCCUGAACCUCCAGCAGCAGCGCUUUGCCCACAAGCUCAAGUUCGGUGUUGAAGCUCGUGCCAGCAUCCUCAAGGGUGUCGACACCCUUGCCAAGGCUGUUACCUCGACCCUGGGUCCCAAAGGCCGCAACGUCCUGAUCGAGUCUCCCUACGGCUCUCCCAAGAUCACCAAGGACGGUGUCACUGUCGCCAAGGCUAUCCAGCUCCAGGACAAGUUUGAGAACCUCGGUGCCCGCCUCCUCCAGGAUGUCUCCUCCAAGACCAACGAGCUCGCUGGUGAUGGUACCACCACCGCUACCGUCCUCGGCCGUGCCAUCUUCUCUGAGACCGUGAAGAACGUUGCUGCUGGCUGCAACCCCAUGGAUCUGCGCCGUGGUAUCCAGGCUGCCGUUGACGCCGUUGUCGACUAUCUCCAGGCCAACAAGCGCGACAUCACCACUGGUGAGGAGAUCGCCCAGGUCGCCACCAUCUCUGCCAACGGCGACACCCACGUCGGUAAGCUCAUCUCCAACGCCAUGGAGCGCGUUGGCAAGGAGGGUGUCAUCACUGUCAAGGAGGGUAAGACCCUGGAAGACGAGCUCGAGGUCACCGAGGGUAUGCGCUUCGACCGUGGCUACACCUCCCCCUACUUCAUCACCGACCCCAAGUCCCAGAAGGUCGAGUUCGAGAAGCCCUUGAUUCUGCUGUCCGAGAAGAAGAUCUCCGCUGUCCAGGACAUCAUCCCCGCCCUGGAGGCCUCCACCACUCUCCGCCGCCCCCUGGUCAUCAUCGCCGAGGACAUUGAGGGUGAGGCUCUUGCCGUCUGCAUCCUGAACAAGCUCCGUGGUCAGCUCCAGGUCGCCGCCGUCAAGGCCCCCGGCUUCGGUGAUAACCGCAAGAGCAUCCUGGGUGAUCUCGCUGUUCUCACCAACGGUACCGUCUUCACCGAUGAGCUCGACAUCAAGCUCGAGAAGCUGACCUCCGACAUGCUCGGCUCCACCGGUUCCAUCACCAUCACCAAGGAGGACACCAUUAUCCUGAACGGCGAGGGCAGCAAGGACAACAUUGCCCAGCGCUGCGAGCAGAUCCGUGGCGUCAUGGCUGAUCCCACUACCUCCGAGUACGAGAAGGAGAAGCUCCAGGAGCGUCUCGCCAAGCUGUCUGGCGGUGUUGCCGUCAUCAAGGUCGGCGGUGCCUCUGAGGUUGAGGUCGGUGAGAAGAAGGACCGUGUUGUCGAUGCUCUCAACGCCACCCGCGCUGCUGUUGAGCAGGGUAUCCUCCCCGGUGGUGGUACCGCUCUCCUCAAGGCCGCCGCCAAUGGCCUUGAGGGUGUCAAGCCCGCCAACUUCGACCAGCAGCUGGGUGUCAGCAUCAUCAAGAGUGCCAUCACCCGCCCUGCUCGCACCAUCGUCGAGAACGCCGGUCUGGAGGGCAGCGUCAUUGUCGGCAAGCUGACUGAUGAGUUCGCCAAGGACUUCAACCGUGGCUUCGACUCCUCCAAGGGCGAGUACGUCGACAUGAUCGCCGCCGGUAUCGUCGACCCUCUGAAGGUUGUCCGCACCGCCCUGGUUGAUGCCAGCGGUGUUGCUUCCCUGCUCGGCACCACCGAGGUUGCCAUCGUCGAGGCCCCUGAGGAGAAGGGCCCCGCUGCCCCCGCUGGCGGCAUGGGCGGCAUGGGUGGUAUGGGUGGCAUGGGCGGCGGCAUGUUCUAA